CGGCGAGAAACUCACCGCGCAUUUGGCUAUCGCAUUUCUCAGGUGAGCCUCAGGUUUCAGAGCAGCGAAGCUUCAAGUGCGCAUCUGGGUACCGGCAUGGCUGGAGAGCAAGCGUUCCACCGGGGAGGCGUGCACGGGGGCGGCAGCGCCAUCGGGCCGGACUACAUGCGGGCCAUCCGCGGCGACGACGACUACUACGGCGGGCACGGCCAGGGCCACAACCAGCCGGCGGCCGUCACCCUCGCGAAGGGAGUGGCCGCGGCGGCGGCGGCGGGGUCGAUGCUGCUCCUGUCGGCCCUGACGCUGACGGGCACGGUGCUGGCGCUGAUCGUGGCGACGCCGCUGCUGGUGCUCUUCAGCCCCGUGCUGGUGCCCGCGGCCAUCGCGGUGACGAUGCUGACGGCCGGGUUCGUGUCGUCGGGGGCGUUCGGCGCGGCGGCGGUGGGGGUGCUGGCGUGGAUGUACAAGUACCUCUCGCACGGGACGUCCUCGCCGCCGGGGGCCGACACGGUGGACCACGCGGGCGCGAAGCUGGACUCCAAGGCGCACGAGGUGAAGAACUGGGCGCAGCAUCGCCUCGACCAGGCCCGAACGCCGUAGAUGCGUCGUCAUUCGCCCUCCUAUGCGUUACCAGUGUGUGCGUGUGUGUGUGGAUCGACGCCUCUAUAUGUACGGACGUGCCUGCGAGCGGUGCUACUUAACACCGAUGAAUAAUAAGCUGCAUAUCUGCUA